AUGAGGUUCCCUACAGGGCUAACUCCCCCUAACCAAAAUCAGGUUUGUCUUUUGAGAAAAUCCUUAUAUGGUCUAAAACAAGCUUCUAGACAAUGGUAUGCUCGAUUAGCAGGAGCUCUCAGUUACAAAGGUUAUUCUAGCUCUCUUAAUGACUAUUCUCUAUUCUUCAAACGCAAUGGGCAUUUGGUUUAUAUUAUAGCGGUUUAUGUAGAUGACAUUUUGUUAACUGGGGAUGAUUGCAAGGGAAUCAAGUCUAUCACAGAUUUUCUUCAUACAGAGUUCAAAGUCAAACAUUCAGGGGAUAUACACUACUUUCUAGGAAUGGAAAUUUUGCGAGAAAAACAAGGAUUCAUCAUCAGUCAACGACAAUAUACCUUGGAACUCUUGCAAGAGUUUGAUUAUUCUGGAGCAACUGUUACUUCUUCACUUGAUCCAUCAUGCAAAUUGCACGCAGAUGCUGGCCCUUUUUUAGCAAAUCCUACUGUGUAUCGGCAUCUAGUUGGCAAGCUCAAUUUUUUAACUAACACAAGACCGGAUUUGUGUUUUGCUGUUCUUUCUCUCAAUCAAUAUAUGCAGCGCCCUUGUACAUCUCAUUUCUCAGCUGCAAUGCGUGUUCUCCGCUAUUUAAGUCGAGAUCCAGGCCAAGGUAUUCUUCUUUCUUCAAAACCCUCUUUUGAUUUGCUUGCUUUCUGCGACGCGGAUUGGGCAUCUUGCAAAGAAUCUCGCAGGUCUAUCAGUGGUUUCUUCAUCACACUUGAUGGAGCACCAAUUUCGUGGAAAUAUAAAAAGCAAGUCUUUGUUUCCCUUUCCUCUGCUGAAGCAAAGUACCGUACGAUGAGACGCGUUACAACUGAAAUCACAUGGCUAGUUCGUCUCCUUGACGAUCUUUCAUCUUCACCACCUCUUCCUGUUCCGAUUUACUCCGACAGUCAAGCCACCAUACAUAUUGCUCGUAAACCAGUCUUUCACGAACGGACCAAACAUGUUGAAUUAGAUUGCCACUUUGUGCGGCAACAGUUCCUUUCCGGCUUGAUUAGUCUAUCUUUUGUCCCAUCCCGCAUCAACUGGCCGAUCUAUUCACCAAGCCUUUAUCUGGAGCUUCCCACCGGUUUAUCUUGA